AUGACAAAGUGGACCAGUGAACCAAGAAGAAGACAUCACAUUUUGAGGGGCGGCACUGCCGAUCGGGUCCACUUGUCGACGAAAGACGUUCCUGCUCAUCGCCUACGGCCUCUUCACUCCUUCGAUCGUACCAUGUUUUCACUGCAUAGUGACAGCUCAUGCGCUGUAGACACCCGUAACUGUGAUGGCCGUUUUAUCAAGCUUCAGCUGAGCCCAAGUCAAGCAGGCAGGUUAAUGUGCACUCCAGAUUCUCUGGUUCUGGCAUCAACCUCCUCCAAUUGCGAUUAUGAAAAAAAAGUGCACAAACUCAAAGAUUGUUGA